GCCUCAUCGUGAAAUUAAUCCUUGUAAACACAUCCGACACGUGUGUUAUUUACAAAAUGGCUUUGCAGCGUGUUGUCAAGCCCAAAACUCAAAGAGGAAAACGAUUCCUGGAAUCUCGGGAGCCCAAGAUAUUUGAAAAUACAAAACAAUGCAUGUUUGUGAAGGGGGGGAACACCAGUCAGACUGUUACUCAACUGCUCAAAGAGUUUUGUCAGUUGAAGAAGACACACUCCGUGAUGUACAAAAGAAAGAACAUACUGCGGCCAUUUGAAGAUGAAACACCAUUGGAGUUUUUCUCUCAGAAGUCUGAUGCCUCUUUGUUCAUGUUUGGUAGUCACUCCAAGAAAAGACCUAACAAUAUAGUUCUGGGUCGUUUGUUUGACCAUCACAUCUUGGACAUGAUUGAGUUGGGAAUAGAUUCUUUUAAAUCCAUGUCAGAAUUUGAGGGUCCAAAGUGUCCAGUGGGAACGAAGCCUUGCCUCAUGUUUGCUGGAGAACAGUUUGACACUGACCCGGAACUAAAAAGACUGAAAAACAUGCUCAUCGACUUUUUCCGAGGUGAAGUGGUAAAGAACAUUCGACUGCAAGGACUUGAGCAUGUUGUCAUGGUAACAGUAGUGGAUGGGAAAAUCCUUGUUAGAAACUACAGGAUCAUAUUGAAAAAGUCAGGUAGUCGUGUCCCCAGGGUAGAGCUUGAUGAAAUGGGGCCAUCUGUUGACUUCUCUGUCCGCAGAACCAAAAUCGCCUCUGAUGACCUCUAUAAAAGGGCUCUCAAGAAACCAAAAACAUCCACGAUAAAGAAGAGGAAGAACAUUUCCAAGGAUGCAUUCGGUUCCCAGCUUGGGCGCGUUCACAUGCAGAAGCAAGACCUGGCUAACCUGCAGACCCGCAAAAUGAAGGCGCUGAAACGGAAACCAGCAGCCAAGGGAGACGAUCAGGAAGGGGGAGGGAAGAGGGCAAAAUCUGAUGAUGAGACUGUGAACACUUGAGAAUGAUAAAAUGUACUGUAUAAAUAUGCUUGAUGUAUUGAUUUCUAAAUGUUGAUUACAACCUGUAGUGUUUACAUGGAUUUACAAACACAAGGCACAAAUUUUGUUGAAAAUUUGUUACAAAAUCAACAUAGAAUCAGAAUGAAUAACAAUGAGUCAUGUGCAUCCAUGUAGGAUACCUCUACUUGAAUCAUUUUCAAAAUCUAAACCGUUCACCUUUCUGUACUUCAGUAUAAAUGUUAAUCUUAAUGUAAGUGCAGUGUAUUAACAGGUGGACACAGGUGUAAUAAAUGUACUGUAUACAUACAUCAUGUAUUAUUGUGCACUUUAAAAGUGAUAUAUUCCAGUUUGUUAAAUCAUUCAUAACCUUGCAUGAUUUACAUUAAUGUUUUAACUGUAAAAUAACUUAAUAUUCUUAAUGCUGUGAAAAUUAUACACAACAAUGUUAAUUAUGUCAUCACUGAAAAAUGAAAUCAGACUUUAAAAUAUUAAACCUUUGUUAAAAUGUUAAACAUGUAUGGUAAUAGUGAUGUACAUGUUAUAAAAAAAUGUCAGUACCGUAAUAUUUGUUAAAAUACACACAUUAAAUACUAGCCAUGUUGAAAAUAAAUUGAUACUAGUA